AUGGCUGAGGCGCUGGGGAAGGCGCCGCCGCCUCAGGCGGGGAGCUUGUCCCCCUCAGGGGCGGCAGGUGUGGCCUCAGGUGCGCAGGGCGGGCCGGCGGCGCUCCAGGUGCUCCAAGUGCCCGGCGCCGUCCCCUCGGACGGGCUGCUCUCGCCUUGGUCCAGCGCAGUCUCCUUGUCGAGCGCCUUCGGCUCCCCUCCGGAGUCGGCCACCUCUCUGCCCGCCGCGUCGGCGCCCAUGGCCUCGCUGGGCGGGGGGCUGGGCCGGUGCGCGGGCGCCUUCUGGAUGGCGCUGCUCUUCGACGCGGUGGGCCUGGCCAUCCUGCUGGUGGGCGUCUUCGUCGACGUCUUCUUCGCCGACCUGCUCAUCUACGGCGGCGGCGUGGGCAUCUUCUUCAGCCUCCUCUGGUGGGUCUUCUGGUACGUGGGCAACCUGGAGGUGCCCGCCGCCGAGCUGCAGGACGACGUGGGGCUCCGGCGCCACUCGACCAAGAAGAAGAAGGCGGCGCCCGUCGGGGCGCCCGCAGGCCACGGCCUGGCCCGGCUCGUCAGGAACCUCAGCAUGCGCUUCUCGGGGCCCUUCACCGCCUUCUCCCGGUCCCCCGAGUGCCAGCCGGGCUCCGUCAGGAGGGCUCACUUCGCCAGCGCCGCGUCGGCGUCGAUGGCCACGACGGUAUCCAGCUCGGUGGAGCUCCAGCCGGCCUGAGGAGGAGGAGGAGGAGGAGGAGGAGGAAGCAGGCGAGGCGAGGACGGACGGCGAGGCCCGGGAGCCAGGCCGGCUCGGCGAGGAAUUAUCAGUUACUUACUAUUACUGUGAGUUAUGAUGAAAAACAAAUGUGGACAUCAUCUUAGUCACCAGAUGCUGGAAAAACUACAUAGAACCAUCUGUGAACUCUUUGGAAUCUGCACUGUGUUAUGAAACCACAUUUCUGCCAAAUAUUUAUGCUUCAAAUUUCUGCUGGAAAACAGCAUUGCCUAUAUCUUAAGCAGUGUAAAAGGAUUUAUAUUCAAUUAUUCAACUUAACAAUUAUUUAAGGACAACAGGAUUUAUAUUUUUUUAAAUGUUUCCAUAAACUGAAUAACACUCCUACACUUAAAACAAGGGCAUUGAUCCUCAAACUGUAAAUGUGCGCUGCUGACUAAAACUUUUAUGUGGAAGUAUUCACAGGACUAAGAUCUUGGAGAAGUAGUUUUCACACCCUGAAAGCAGGGUUUAGAAGUCCUCAAAAGUGCCUUAAAUGCAUGAUAUGUCUUAUUUAUAUGAAUGCUCUUAAGAUCCGUUGGUGAAGGGAGCUUUAUGAAUGAUUGUUGAAGUGGGUUGGAUCCCAGGACUUAAGUUGUAUGAACUUGGGUCAAGUUGUUUGAACCUGGGUCUCUUUGAAAUCAAUGGGUGAUAGCCAACUAAGGUGUACUCAGAGUAGAACCAUUGAAAUCAAUGGGCAAAUGGUUUAAGUCCAUUGAUUUCAGUGGGUCUGCUCUGACUAUGACUGACAUUGGAUCUACCCAAUGGUACUUGUCUUACUGCUUUUUAGUGGGACCUAAGUUGGGUGAACUUAAGUUUGGAUCCAUCCUAGUCAUUUUGUGGAUUUUUAUACUGUAAAAUGUACUGAAUGAAAUGUCCAGUCUUCCAAAUUCUCAGGUUCCCCCACCCUUUUUUUAUUGGCUUGGAAUUAGAAAUGUUGCAUCUUAGAGAAAAAAUAGAAAUGCACUAGAUUCUACUACAAUGUGAAAUAGGUGAAAGUUGGCCAUUGAUUUUUUUAAAAUAAUAAUAAUAAUUCUAGAAAUGUUUCUAAAGAAUGCUGGUAUGACAAAGGCAACUAGAAGGUCUACUGUUUGUACCUACCUCAUUAAAUAAAGUUUUGCCACCUUGAUUCAAUACUGCUACUGGCAAAAUUGUUGUUAAUAAAAAUGGUUGUCUUUUUUGUGA